UGAGAAAGCACAAGGAAGUGAUCUGAUGCAGAUCCCUUCCUUGUGUUAAAAAAAAGAAUUGAAGGAGAAGUCAAUUGUUUUCGUUCAGUUACUUUUUAACUCAACUGUGAGUGUGCGGUAUGUCUGCCCUGAUUUCUGUGUAGUUUCAGUGUGCAUUUAUUCACUUACUACCAACCUUUUACACCUUUUGAUAUCCAAAAAGGUCUCCUAUUCAUCUCAAACGUGUUACUUUGCAAUAGCGAUGGCAGAUUGUGUGCUUGUGUAUCUACUUUUUGUGUGUGGAGUCUUUCAAACAGGUGCAGCAGCAGUGAUCCAAACACAGCAGACUGUGAUGGCAGCAGUGGGAGAAGAUGCUGAAUUGAGCUGUCAACUCUUGGAAACUAAAGACGUCCUUCAGGUCACAUGGCAGAAAAGUUCAAAUGAUGUGGAGACAAAUGUUGCCACCUACAACAAGUACUUUGGCCAGAGAGUGAAUGACAGCUUUACAGAUAAAGUUAAGUUUAAACAUGCUGGUCUAUGGAACUGUUCCAUAGUCAUCAGGAAUGUGACAGAGCAGGAUGAAGGAUGCUAUCGCUGUCUGUUUAACACUUAUCCUGAAGGAGCCUUUAUUGGUAGACCCUGCCUCCAAGUCUAUGAGCUACACGAACCUGUUGUUGAUGUCAGAGAGUCAAACUCUACUGAAGAGUGGGUUGUAUCUUGUUCAGCCACUGGUCGACCUGCUCCCACUAUAACACUCAGUGUCUCACAACAAGACCUCAACUUCACACAGUACAACACUGUCAAUGUUUCCAACACCAACGCUACAUUCACUGUCACCACUACAGCUGUGCUCUCAGGUUCACGUAAACACAGCACACAGGUGGGAUGUGCAGCACGAGUGCUCUCUGCUCCUCACAGAGAGGUGAUGGUGACGGUUCCUGAGGUCCAGCAGGUGUAUGCUGCUGCUACUGCUGAUUAUAAUGUUUCCUUCUGGAUCAUUGCAUCAGGUGUAGCAGUGGGGCAGAUAGUCUUUGCUUGUGUAGCCACUUUCAUAGCUGUCCUGCUUAAAAAAAAGACAAGAAGAGGGACCCUGAGAACAACAAAUAAAAUACCACAAAAAUCAGCCAAUGACAUUAUUGACUGAUGACCCCUCUACAUACAGUGCAACAAGGAUCACCUAAAACCAUCAGCUGUAACUCAGACGUAGACAUAAAUACAUGCCUCAGAGUAACACAGAGUUGGAAUGUGAACAUGUGUAACUUCUGGUAAAAUUAUUUUUAAAGAUGUACCUGACAUAUAUCCUAUAUCCCAUCCUCUGCUCUGUCUAAAGCUGUAGAAAGAUUAAAAUAAUUUGGCAGAGGACUGAUGAUGGUGAAAAUGAUGGUAAAAUGAUUUCCACUUCACUAAUAUUCUACUUUGUAUUCAUGGUGCUAAAACAAUUCAGUAUACAAAGGAGUUUGUGGUUGACUCAGUGACUAUGAGCUGCCAAGGGCCCUGUACUGUGAAGCUAGUUUAACAUACCCAGGAUAUCUUUCAGUAACACAAAACUGGUCAUGAACUUGCUUAGCUAAUCAAGGGUUUCCCCUACACGUUCACAUGAAAGGGAUGGUGUUGGAAACAGUUUAAAUCCACCUCAAAAAUAUGAAGAGGCUACACACAUACCACAGACUGAAAGAAACAAAAGAGCUGCAGAAAAAGCGGCGGUGUGAGGUUACGGUCACAGGUACAUUUUGGUGAACGUAGCUUUGGCCUUUUGUCUGAACGUAAAUAGUGUUUUGGUAUCAGUAAAAUAGGAGCUUUUCAGAAACUCCUGCCAGCCCAUUUAUCGCGUAAACAUGCAAACAAAAUUCCUAAAAAACAUCAGUGUGUGUGGACAUAGUUUGAGUUUAAGUAAGAGUAAAAGCAUAGCAGAGUAAUAUUUUAAAAGUGAGUUCUUUAAGUGCUUUUGUCAGUAUGCCUGGAACAGAGUUACAGUACUACAUUAAUAAAGUUGAGACUACUUGAAGAUAAGAUAAAAAAAAAAAUUAAAAAAAAAGUGACAGAGAGAGAUUGAGCUGGAAAGGAUGUGCAGCUGGUUAGCGUGGUUAACUAUAGGUUCAAUGUUCAAGGUUCUUUACUUGUCACAUGCAUAGUUAUACAAGUAUAACACACAGUGAAAUGUAGCCUGACACGCUCCUCGACAUGUGCAAAAAUGGGGGGGGGGUAGAGGAAG